AUGCGGGCGGGGGGCGCGGGGCGGUGUCGGCUGAGGGGCCGCGGGGCAGGGCGGUUCGCUCCGGGGCAGCGCCGGUGUUUCCGCGGCCAAGAGGCCGCUUCUCCCGCCGGUCAUGGAGCGGCAGCGCAUCCCCGCGCCCCCCGCGCCGGGCAGGCGCCGCGGAAGAGGCCCGCGAGUCCCCGCUGCCGGGGGCGGCCGCGCUGCCGGGCCGGCGGGCCGGGCCGCGCCCAGCGUCGCCGCGAGCCUGUUCGGCAGAGCGGGGCCGCGCGGGGCCCGAGCCCGGCUGUGAGCGCUGCCCCGCCGGGCCGGGGCCUGGGGGGCGGCCCGGGGGCCGGGCGGCCCUGCGCUGUGCCCGGCCCAAAGAAAAAGGUCAGUGGGAAAACCCUACCAAAAAUUACAGAAAAUCUUGAACUCAUUGAGGAGAACCCUUCAUGCAACCAAAGCAAUCAAGUGAAUGUCAGAGAAACAAGAGACUUGGAAAAAGAAGAAGAGGAAUCAGAAGAAAGCAGUGUAUCACUGAAGAAAUCCUCAAUGAUCAGCUUUGAAAGUAAAGAAAGUUUACAAAAUGCAGAAAUGACUUCAAGUACAGGAAUGACUCUUCCCACAGGUGUUUCAACCUUUCUCAUUCAGUGUUUAGAUGCCAAUUCAACUGCAGAUUUUAACAAUACUAGUGACAGCCUGCAGAGUUACUCAUCCCCUGAAACAUUCAGAGAUGAUGAUUCAGAAAGAAGUCAUUUUUACUCUGUGGACCUUGGCAAGUACAAGAACUCUACUCUACUGGACUCCAGCAAAGCAGUGACCAUUGAUAAGAUAGCACAGAUCUCAAAUCUUUCAGCAAUAUUAGAACCUGUACCAAAGGAUUUUCAAGACCAGUGCAUUAGAAGAAAGAGACCAUCAAAUUGCAAUUACAGUUCUUCAGCAUUAGGCAUUUCAGCUACUCUGUCAGGAAAAAAGCUCUGUAAAAUUACAGCUGCAAGAGAGAGAACUCCAGACCUAAAAAGUGGUAUGCGCUGUGCUUCAUCCUUAGGACCGGACAGCAAGCCUGACAAGCAAACUGCUAAACCCAAAAGGGUGAAGCGUAAGGGAACAGGAAACAAUUCUGAUCCAGCAGAAGAAAGUUCAUCAUCAUUCAGGCAGCUUGGUGCCCCAGGAAACACUUCAGCCAAACCAGGGGGGUUGACAGCAGAAGUUGUGCCAACCAAACCAACAGAUGCUGUGGUGCAAAUGACUUCCACUAUGCUGAUGAUUGAGGAAAAUAAAGCUCUAAAAAAUCCUGGUAAUGCUCAGCUUGCACAGCUAAAGCCCCUGUGUGACAGACAAGAAAUCUGCUCCAUUGUUAGACUGUCACCACACCAGAGGCCUUCCAGGCUGCAGCAAGUUCCAGUUAUCAGGAAAGGGUUCUCCCUUCCCAAAGGAGUGCCUGAAGAUAUUAUUACAAGUACCAAAAAUUGGAUCUGCUGUGAACAGAGAUGAGAUUUCUGGGUCUCAGCAGGAGUCAACAGAAGAAAUGACCAUCUUGUUGCUGGAACAGAACUAACAAAUGGCUGGUGUUUUUUUUCUUGUUUGCACAUACGUUGUUUGAAAUUUGGUAUUAUGUGUUCAGUAAGCUUGUAAGUACUUUACUCAAGUACUUAGCAUUAAAUUAUUUUGUACAGCAACUAGAUCCUAUUCUGGGCAUCAUUCUGCAAGGACUUCAUAAAGAUGAUUCUUCAAUUUUGCUUAGAUUUUUAGAAAGCACGACUCAAGAACAGCAGACCAGAUUAAUUAUGGAGUUAUAUUUGGCUCUUGCUCUGCCAGGAUUUCUAGUUUUCUCUAGUAGCAUUAGCAUUUAAAGAUGUGACCUCUGUUUAAGUGUUAAUACAGGUUAUGGGGGUGGGUGUGAAAGCAUUCAUGUACUCUCAGGGACCCAGAAGUCAAUAGUAUGCUGCCAUUAAACUCCCUGAAUGCUUAGAUCUGCAGAACUUUGGAGGUGCAGGACUGUGUGUUCUGCUGUAAAUUGAUUUUUUAACCAUGAAUAUAGGUCAUCAUCACCCUACCAUCACUGUGAUCAGCAUUGUCACCAUUCUGGGCACAUCCACUGCCCAGCCACUGGCACCUCUGAGUCCUUCCUGUUCCAUCUCACCUGUUCUGUAGCAUCCCAUCUCUCAGUCACUGUUUCUUCUACUGCCUUCAGACUUAGAAGCAGCAGAUGCCUUCCAUGAAUACAAGGUGGGAAAAACCCUUUUAUAGCUGAAUUGUGUGAAGAGCUGGAUAUUGGCAUUCUGGAUUUUCAGGUUACUGUUCACACUAUGUCCACAUAAUUUCCACUUCAGCUUGUGGAUUGUUAAUUCUUAAAUGUCAUUCUUAGUGUGCCAAGUGCCUCAGAAAACACUCUCAAGAGCACAGUUUUUUCCAGCUGAAUUCAUUGCAGGUUAAAGUUAUUUGGAUCCCUACAGAGUUCUCACUACAACACCCUGACUCUUUUCUGGACAAAAAGGGAAGUUUUUUGAUGUUUCAAAAUGCCAGUAUGGCUUUCAAAAGUCUGUUUCUCAGUGUUAUCACUCUGGAAAAUAGUUUUGUAUUUCCAAAAAGAGCAUGCCAAGAAAACAUACAAAAUCCACAACUUUAGUUUGACUACGUUUGAAAAUAACCUGUGAAAGUUUGAACCCUGAGCCUUUCCCCAUUGCUCUGGGGCAGAAGGAAGUGCAAAUAAAUGAUGCUGGAUUAGUCUAUGAAGAAGUAUUGUAUAAACACACUAUAUAGCUUAAGGUUGAAAAUUAUGCCAUUAAGCUAUUUUUCUUUUUUUAAGCAUUAGUAGAAUGAGUCCUACCAAUAACUCCUUGGAGUCUUCUCAGAUAUGCUUCUAGUUAUCAAUAUCCUUGUUCUUGCAAAUAUUCAGUCACUAGUAUUUAUGCAAGAAUCUAGAGCCCCUAAGAGAUAGAGGUGAACUUCCUGAGGUAGUUUUAAGUAAAACUGAAAGCUACUUAUGUAAUAAGUUGUGAUUAUGAUGAUUGCUCAAGUAAAGGGUGGUCCUGAAUAAAGAUGUGUUCAUUGUAAGGGUAUUUUAGAAGUCCUAGGUAACACUUAUUUUGCCCCAGACCAUUUGGUAGUCUUAUACAAGAGACAGACUAAUACUGGCAAAUUAAUUGGAAAGUACAAGAGAAAGAAAUAUGAUGUGUAACUGUAGCAACCUGAAUAUUGCUGCAUUUUGCUUUUGUUUUUCUUGAUGUGAUGAGGCUGUAUAGGAGGGCAGAAAUAACAGGAACCACAAUCUCUUGUCCUUCCCUUCAGUAUGACAGUGCUGCUUCUUAUUUUCAUCUUUUGUCUGACUCUCAGAGAAAGUGUAAUUAAUUACCAGGCUAGCUCUGUGCCCCAGGGAAGGAAAUUCAUUUGGAGGCUGGAACAAUCUCUACUCUUGUUCUGCUUUUCUCAAAGGAAAGGCAUUUUCCCAUAGUUUGGUUUUUAGCUGCAGAACUACUACAUAAAAUUUCAUUCAGAGUGGAAACUGGCUCUUCCAUAUUGGUGGAUAAAGGUUAUGGGUCGUGGCCUGUUAAUGGGUAGGACAGAGGAGGUUAUUUGUGCAGUGAUUCAGGAGAGGAAUCUGCUCAGUGUCACCAGGGCUGCUCUGUCACGUCCCAGACAUGAUGAAGCCUUAAUGGCUUGAAUGGAAUCGCUCCCAGCGAGUCAGUCCAUGCAGGAACUCUGAUAAUCCUUUAUCACCAGGAAUUGUGCGUGGCAGAUGCAUGUUGAGUAAAUGUAUGGUACAUAAAUCUGUAAGAGGUUUUUCAUUAACACUGUUCAGUUAUUUUUGUUAUCUGAAGUGCACUUCUAGGAGACUUUGACUUAAAGUGUUCAGAGAUGAUGGAAGAUGUUUUGCUUCUUGCACUGGAGUGCGUGUACAGGCUGGUGGGGGGUAAAGACCUUGCAUGCAAAUGGUUCUGCUGUGGUUCAUAAUCUUCAGACACGGAAAGGAGAGGUUUGGGGCCCAAGUCAGCAUGUACUGAAUGGGCACAGAAGUUCGUGUUCUUUGUGUAGGUAUGAAAAUUUGCCUAGAGAGAGGUUUUUAUGGGGAAGUGGAUGAUUAAAUUUGUACCCAUCCUUUUUCUCUCACUGUCCUUCCUCCCUUCCCUCAAUUAAGGUCUGACAGUCAAGCCUAUCAGAAUCAACUGCUGUUAAUUUAGGCAUUUUGGAACAGGUUAAUAUUUACUCUUAAAGGGACUCUAUCAGCUGGAAUUGUAAUGCACUCGAGAUGAGCUAAAUCUUCAUUGCUCUCAGUUGUGAAAUUACUGAAAGCUGAGUUACAUGUCCUGGCCAAAAUUUUAUCAGUUUGUAGUGCUCCCUGAGGACUUCUUGUAUUUGAGACUGUAUUUACAUGCCCACCUUGAAGCCAGGAGGGUUUUACCUGGUGAAGGGAUGUAAAGGUUGGUCAUGUACAAAUCUGUGGCAGACAGGUGUGUCUUCCAUACAGAACAAGGGGAAAGGGAUGCAUCUAAACAUCAGUUCUCGUUUUCUGUUAGAAUUAUCUUCAACUUCAGGUAGAUGAAAAACAAAAUUCCUACAGAUGGGUGACUGUGAAGAAUUGUUGUGUAGAUACGUUACACAUGCACUAAAUUUUGCCUUAAAAAGAAUCUGCUUAAUUUAAUCUUACAUCAUAGGUUGUUGUAGUUUAAUUCCAUUUUGUAGGGAAAGCAGAUGAGUCAGUCAGUUUUGUCAGUCCUUAAUUAAACUCCCCAGCAGCGUUGUAUCUGAACAGUGAUACACUGAAGGAGACUGUUAACUGUUACCAGGAUUUUUAUUUCACUUCAGCAUUUACUAAUAAAGAGUUUUGCAAAAA